AUAUUGGUGGCAAACGGUUGUUUCGCGUACGGUUCGCUCGCAUAAUAUUGCGACAGUAGGGAUAAAACGUUUGAGAUUAACUUACUAAGUAAAAGUACGUGUAGAAGUGCGAAGGACAGGACGAGUCGCAAGAAAAGUCGUAAUUUUCCGUCCAGCCACUUUCCAUUUCUUAAACCGUUCUUCUGUUCUGACCAGUAGGCGGUCUAGUGUAUGUGUUUGUGUGCGUGCUGGUUUCCGACGGGGGUCCGCUUUUUUGUGUCUUGUGGAACUUGAAGACAUUAUUCGAGUACCGCUGAUUGCGACAAAGGCGCUCGCCUGGACGUAAGGCGGAUCACUUGAAAACGGAAGGAAAUGAAAAACGGAAAAAUGAUGGUGACUAAUUAUUUCUGCCAAGUGUAGUUAAGCCCCCUUUUGUGUAAACAAUUCAACGAAAUAGUAUCGGAAUAAAAUAAAGAGAAAUUGCGAUGGGCUCUGUCAGAACCUGACGAUAUCCGUUUGCAGUUCUGUGUUUGGUGGGUGGAAAAUAAUAUCAGCUCAUGGUUUGUUAUGAAAUGUGACAUGUUCGUUAUUAAGUUCAGAAUCGUUUGAGCGCAGUUUGCGUGAUAAUAAAGCUGUUAGGCAGAUUGUCAAUAAGCUUUUUUUUUUAUUUCCUGGUGGGUGAAUGUGGUCUGAAAACUGAGUAGUGAAUUAAUAGUGCGCUCUCUGAUUACUGUGCCAGCUCUGUUUGUGUUGUCGUGAGAUACGAUCUUAAAGACGAGCGAGUGUACGUAGAAGGCCUCUAAGCCACCCGUAAGGAGCGCCCAGGAUAAACCAAUUUCAUGUUACUGUCGCUCCAGCAGUUGGGUGAAGGAUACGAAAGUGAGUGAUACCAGGUUGUGACAGACGUGGUGAGAUUCACUGGAGUGUAAGCUUUUCGGCAGAAGCAUUACAACCAAAACUAGCAGAGAUUGUUUAGGAAUGUUGUUGUCCUAUGACUGUGCAGUUUUGUUGAAACCUCUGUCUGGCGCAACUAAUCUGAUUAAGGAAUAGCAACGGAUAAAGUUGUGAGCAGCAAAUGUCGUGACAGUUAAUGUUUUAUUUGUAAUUUUUAUAAAAGCAGAAAAAAGGACGUGUGUGUACCUGUGGAAGUUUGAAUAAAAGUUCUUUUUCAUUGUGGUAGUGACGGUAGCACAGCAGCGCAUCAAUUAGAUUUCAACGGAAGAGUAACGUACAUGUCCGCGAUAAGCCGUUCCGUGUUCUUUGUGCUGAGUUGCCAUGGACAAUAUGGUCCUCCCCGUUGUGUACGGAAUUAUAUCUCACAGGACUAUCGUGGUGAUGGCUUUAUGUUGCUGAUUUUACACUCGUAAGCUCAUCACAAACACGAAAGCAGCUUGUGCGUGUGAACGUUUGUGCUUACGUUAUAUUACAUUUGUCCUCCGUACAACAUAAUCGGUGCCAGCAGCGAGGAGGGCAAGCUUUGCGCAACACAAACAUCAUUAUAACUUUAUUAAGUAACCCUUAGGUAAGUUGUUUGAAAAAGACGAAAAGUUCAGCGCCGUACAAAGAUUAACCGCAGAGAGUAAAGUAUUGUGUGUAAUAAAAAAGAGAAGGUACACUUCCCUAAGAAGUCGUCAGCGCAGUGAGAAGAAAAAAUACAAGCUAUCAAGUGAAACGUUAGCCCUACGAGGAAACUCCGCAGCCAGGCUUGUAAAUAAAACAAAUGAACGGAUCCCAGGGGCCAGGUUCUAGUGAGCCGUAGAAGUCGUGAAUAAAUGAUUAUAAUGAAAAAUAAACAACUGUGAGCUGUGUGUGAGUUGGAUAACAGGCCUUUGCUCCUCCGGAGGUCCAAUUCUUGUUCUGGAGGGUUCGAGGCGAAUUGUUCGGCUGCUCUAGCAAUGGAAAAACCAACCACCGUACGCUACUUUUAAUUAGUGUCAGUGAGUGUGUUUUGGUAUGCGCGUUAUAGCGAAGAGGCGCGUACUUCCUUUCCCCGACAUGCGCUGCUGAUAUUCAAGGAGCGUGUGAGCAGCAAAAAUAAGCAUCCGGUUUAGUGAGGCGAAAGAAUCAUAAUAGGACGAGGCUCCCGUUGUGCACAGCAGCAGUAGUAAUAGCAGCAACCGGAGCGGAAAAAACGAGUGGACGGACGGACGGAAUAAAGAGGGUGGCGGUUGUAAGGAUAAAAACCCACAGUGCAAAAAUGUGGCUUUUUGGAUUUUCACUGUUCGUGAUCGUCUGGACGGCCAAAUGCACCGAGGGGGACGUUUCGGUCGAGGCGGCUUUUCAAGGUCGCUGUGGUCAUGGUAGCCCUUGCGAGCAGCUGUGCUACGAGCUGCACGAUGGCAUGUACGAGUGCGAUUGUGCGGAGGGAUUUGAACUCAACAAGAAUGGCUACAGCUGUCAGGAAUUGAAUACUACUUCAACCGAUGAGAAUGCGUCCAACGUGGAGGAGGACGUACUGUACCAGCGUGGCGCAUCGUUCAGCGCUAAACUCGAUAUGUCCGAUUUGCACAUAUCGAUGAAAACCUACAGCGAUGAGGAUGAUGGUGACGGCGACGUUGGUGGUGGUAUGAAACCCAUCAACCUAAACGCCAUCGAUGGAGAGUUAUCGUUGCGAAAAGCUAAUCAUAAUUGGAAAACGGAAGGCGCGAAGCUACCAGGAACUGCUAACAUCCACCACCAUCAACAACAGCUGCAGCAAAAGGCUUUCCAGCUGCACGGUGGCGGUAAAAAUAGUCCCCCGAAGAGUGCAACGGAUAGCUUUGCCACCGUUGCCGUCGUCAGUGGCAGUAAUUCCCGGCCAAUCCGUAUGGAAAUUGCCGGUGGCAACUCAUUACAUAUGCAGGAUGUCAGCGGUCGGAACCGAAGCGAAAUAAAAGCUCUCGCACUAACGGCACCGGAGGACGAUUCAGAUUUCACCGAGCGGAACGCGGCAGCGGCGACCACAGUGGCCCCGGCGGGUACCGGCGCCGAGCGGCAGCAGGAAUCCGAAAACGUGACGAGAAACCCGAUUGAUGCCAACAGCUACUACAAUACGACGGUGCACUCCACUUCGAUCGCGGCGGAACGGAAUCUCUGCGCGCUGGAUUGUGGUUUCGAGGGAAUCUGUCGCAACGGUGACAAUGGUGGCCAACAGCAGCAGCGUUGCCUGUGCCCGUUUGGCAAAAGCGGUCAUCGGUGUGAGGAAGAUUUUCGCGUCAACACUCCUCGAUUCAAUCAACAUUCGUGGCUGGCGUUUCCAGCACUUCGAGGAGCUUACAAACAUGUUCAGCUGCACAUCGAGUUCCGCCCGGAAGCAUUCGACGGCAUCCUGCUGCUGACAGGCGAACGGGACGACCUAACUGGCGAUUUUAUGGCGCUGCUAAUACAUCAGGGAUUUGUAGAGUUCUGGUUCGAUUGCGGCUCCGGAACCGGGCGGGUUCGGUCAGAGGAAACGAUAGUCCUUAACCAGUGGAAUACCAUCACAAUUUACCGCCACCGGUGGGACGCAUGGCUGGUGCUGAACCAGGGCAACCGGGUCCAGGGACGCUCGAAGGGACUGUUUUCGCGUAUCACCUUCCGCGAGCCGGUGUUUCUCGGUGGAUUCGGAAACAUCACGGGAUUGGACAAGAAGUUACCCGUCAGCAACGGCUUCACCGGUUGCAUUCGGAAGUUUGUGGCCAAUGAGCAUGACUACAGCUUUUCGAACCUACCACUCGGUGAUGUUUCGCACGGCUUCGAUAUUCAGGAAUGUGUCACCGAUCGGUGCAGCCGGUAUCCGUGUCAACACGGCGGCAAGUGUCUACCGUCGGACGACGGAGCAAUCUGUCUGUGUCCGCUGGGAUUCGGCGGUGAUUUAUGCGAGAUGAGACUGGAUUUACAGGUGCCUUCAUUUAACGGUUCCUCCUACCUGCGCUAUGCACCGCUCGGCGAUAGCUGCAUCAUCUGGUUCGAGCUGAAGAUAAUCAUCAAACCGCUGCAGGAAGAUGGACUGCUGCUGUAUAGCGGUCACCACGAGUACGGGGACUAUAUCUCACUGUGCCUCAAUAUGGGCUUUGUGGAGUUCACCUUCGAUUUGGGCAGCGGGCCAGCGACUGUCAGGAGUGAAUUUCCACUUUCCAUGGGACAGUGGCACAUCAUCAAAGUGUCAAGGACCUCACGAUUAGCCGUGCUGAAGAUCGAUCAGCUUCCGGAAGUGAUGACGGUUUCGCCCAACGGCUUCUGGCAUCUUUCGCUACCGCACAGCCUGUACCUGGGUGGGGUGCACAACAUCCACACGCUACCGAUGAGCCUCCGGGAUAAGGGAUCCUUCGCCGGAUGUGUACAGAAGGUGGACAUCAACGAUCGGACCAUUUCAAUCAUCUCGGAAGCUUUGGGUGGCUCGAAUGUGGAAAAUUGUCCGCACGCUUGCGUGGCCCGUCCGUGCGGUCCGCUGGCGAAGUGCGUGCCCAAUCUGGACAGCUACGAGUGUCAGUGCAAUCCGCAGAACAAACAGUGUAACCAGGCCGAGGAGCUUCCGUCGGAGGUUAUCGAGCAGCGGCAGAGACUGGUGCUGCGACAGCACCAGGUUCGCCAGCGACAACAACCGGACCAGUUUGCGGAACAGGAGGUCGAAGAGAAAACUACUCUGGCACCCUUCGUCACUGCCAGCAUCCCCAAGCGACCUGCUACUGGAGAAGAUGAAUACUAUUACUACGAGUAUGACAGCACGGAAGACGCCAAUGUUGGGGCAAAAGCAACUAACGGGAAAGAAGAACGAGUGAAAGAUAAUGAAAAAAUUAGCAUUCGAGAUGACACGAAAACGGAGCCACUCGAAAUAACCACGCAACCAAGUGACAAAGGUAUGUCCGCAAUUAGUGUGGAAAAGGAAACGAGCAUGCAAGGCGUUGGAAAGUCCAGGACAACUAAGAUGCGAGAUUAUUAUGAUGAUGAUGAUGAUGCUGAAGAAGAUGACACUGACGGUAACGAUGACGAUGGAGGACAGUAUAAUGAUGACAAGAAAGCGGCGGGAAUGUGGGAAAAUGGGCACGCGGAAAACAGAAAGUAUUCUCAUAAAACGGGAAAAUCUUUUUCAUUUGAUAAUAAACGACAGUCGUUGAAAAGCGAUAUGGCGUUGAAACAGCAAAGCGGAAAAACGCGGCAAUAUUCCUCGAAACACAGUGGAAAUAAAGAAGCUGACGAGGAAGGAAUUGCUGUAGAUGACACCGGAGAAAGGGAGGAUGGUGGUAGUGGCGAUGACUUCGUCAACGACGGGUAUAAUAAAGAUUAUGACCGUACGGAGGAACGGAUACCGUACCGUACGGAUCUGUCUAAAAAAGCAAGAAAUGGGCAGCUAUCGAGCGGGAAAACUGAUGACAAUAGACAGCCACCGGAUCGAAGCAUCGACAUUGAUGAAAUAUUAAUCGAAGAGAUGAAUAGAAUAAUGAAAAAUAAAGACGACGAUGGCGAGGAGAACGAUCUGAGUGACAGUGGGGCUGGAUGGAGUUUCGCCUCCGGAAUGGGAGAGGAAGAGCUGCGGCAUGCCGGUGUGCGAAUGGAGGCCGACGCCAGCCGAGAGCAGAGCCUGACGAUUGGUGACACUGAUGCUGUGGCUGGUGGCAUUGAUAGUCUCCGUGACGCGACUGACGUUGAUGGAAGGGAAAACAACCGGCAGCGUGAUAAAAAUACAAAACGUUUCCAGGAAAUAGAAACUGAUUUCACUAGUGAAUCUGACAGCAGCCGUGGCAAUCAUUGGAGCAGCAGUAAUGGGAAUAUUGUUAGCAGUUUUGGUGGCCAACAGCUGAAGGCAAUGGAAGACGAAGAUGAUGUGACUCGCAGCAUCAAGUAUAAGAAUAAAUACUUCAGACGAUAUCAGGGUGCUUGUUUCACCGGGACGGAAAGCUUCUUCCAUUACAGUGAUGCGGAAACUAUGCGACGCGUAAUCAGCUACGAAAUUGAUUUAAACCUGCGGUUUAAGACGCAUUCCAACAGUGGGCUGAUCCUAUGGACCGGACGGCACAGUGCACUCGAAGGAGACGAUUUUCUAUCACUUGGUGUCGAGAAUGGUUAUCUCCAUCUGCGCUACAACCUGGGGUCAGGUGAAAUUAAUAUCAAAUAUAACUCAACCAAGGUUAGCGACGGCCUCUGGCAUCGGGUGAGAGCUCUAAGGAGCUCCCAGGAUGGCACACUGAAGGUGGACGGAGGCAAACCAAUUACUCGAAGAUCGCCCGGAAAGCUGAGACAGCUGAACACGGACACCGGGCUGUAUGUGGGCGGUCUGCCGGCGGCAUCCUUCUACACUCGGCAGCGCUACACGUCCGGUAUUGUCGGUUGCAUCUCGGAGCUGAUACUGGCAGGCGAGCUGCGGUUGAACUUCGACUCGACGAUACUCGGCACGGCGCACAACGUAGAACCGGGAGCCCCAUGAAGGUAGAUCUAGGUGCCGGCGGCAGAGGCCACCGAGGCUGGAGUGGGCCCGCGGACCUGGCCAACGAGCAACAACAGUAGCGGUAGUAGCGUUGGCUACGGAAGCGGUGCCGUCAGUGGCAGUGGUAACAUCAAUUGAACGUCCAUCAGAGAGUAAAUGUAGUUUUGUGUAGCAAACGGUUGCAGCGAGUGGGUGGAGGAGCAUGCGAGCACAGCAAGACGAGGAGAUGACGAUACGAUUGCUGAACAAACGAAGGGUGAAUGCGGAGCACGGCGACUACACACCGACUUAGACUAAAUAAAUUUUUAUAUAAGGAUACAAGUUUAGAAUAAUGAACUAGCGGUAAGGUUAAGGUACUGAUGCUGUAAAAUUAAUGUUUAUAAGCGAUAGGUUUUAAUUCACUUACUGGAGAUGGAGGAUAUCGAUUGUCUAGUCAAUAGCGGAAUCGUGUCUAUAUCAUGGACAAAAGUAUUUUGUAAUCAGUUAAAAACUGAAAAAUAAGACGAAUGAAUCAGUACGAGCAAAUCGAUCUCAGUCAAUGUAAAUGAUUAAGAGUUCUCACAUAACAGAAAAUUACGAAACAAAAAAAAAUAAGUGUGUAAGUCAAUUCUUUUCUCUGCCUCUCGAACUAUUCCCCGUUUUUUUGUUUGGUUACAUCUUCAAUCUGUACUAAAGAGAAUGAUUGAAAACUAAACCUUAAAUUACAUUUUACGCAAUAUGAACAAAGCGAAAACAAGAACAAUAAUGACGUCAUAUCAAUUAAACCUACUAACAUAAUUGAGCGAUGAAUUAAUCCUAGAAAAUGUUGCUUCUUUUUCGGUACGUUCCUGGUUGUUGAUCAAAUUUGAAAUUUAGAUACAAAAAACUUCCCUGCAUUUCAUGUGUAAAGAUUAAGUUGACAUGAUAAUCUAUUGUUUUUACACAUUUUCCUGUAUGCAGCAAAAAAAAAAGGAAAGGAAAAAAUCUCUAUCCUAGCUGAGUAAACCAUCUGUUAAAGAAUAAUUGAUAUCAAUUUUGUAUGCAACAAUACAGGGAAAAUCUGAACAAAAAAUUAAAACUAUACAUUCUGAACACUCGCGUAUGAUUUGGUGUUUCUGUUUGGUUUGGCCCUGUUGAAAGGUACUUUGCGGACUGUUUCUUCCUGUGGAACAUUCGCCGUAAAAUACCUUGUUGUCAUAUACUUCAAGUGCUUUAUGAAACAUAAGAUAACCUAACAGAACACUAUAUAGAGGCCUGGGUGAAAACAGUACUAGCAAAAGAGUAGAGGAAAACAACAACAACAGAAGUAAAUCUUAGGAUAAGCCAAACACUAUUAAUGGGAACCGCAAACAGAUUUUCUCUACGAAGCAUUUUUAGUGAAAUUGCGCCACAGCUGGUAUAGCAGAUACACACGCGAAUCAAGGUGUCGAAUAGUAGCAAAUAUUUUGUUUAGAUUAAAACGCAUAAAAUGGCUAAAAGCGCUAAGAUAAAUGACACAAAAAUACAUAAAACGCAAGCAAAAAACAGCAACAACAAGUGAAUCAGUCAUCGUCAGGUAUUUACAGUGGCAGCACGCAUUUUUUGUGAGUAUUCAGCGUAUGAUUUUGCAUGGCGCAACGCAUGGCGCAAGAAAAACAAAAAAAAAAUUUAGAGGCAACCCAAACAGUAGUUUUGUUGAUAAGAGAAGCAUUAUUUUUCUGUGAGACAUUUUCCCAGCUGAGUAGUGAAUAAAUAGUCAAAAAAUAAAAAAAUAAAAUUAAAACAAGAAAAUAACAAAUCGAAUCCAUUUAACGUAUACUGUAUAUAGUCAAGAGAAGAUUUUACUGACGUAGAAAAAAUGGCGGCUGAAGAUGAGAAAACUAUAUAUAUACAUACUGAACGUACCCUGCUGUACCGAACUGAGCCGCAAGCAAGAUCUUUGCUGAAUACUCUUCCUCAUUUGUCCCCAAAAUCCACUGUUUCUUGAGAAAUCUCUUACCAGUCCCAAAGCAGCAAAAUUCGAAUCAGAACUAGCCUCUAAAGUAACCGCCGAUCGGCCAGUUGUAAAUAGCAACAUAUUUAGAUCACAACUAGUGCAAACACAGAUCCGCUUAUAACUGUUCAAAACAAUGUGAUGUGCAACAAUCGUGCUAGAGAAAGAGAGAUUCUAUACAGCCCACGCCCCCCCUAGCAUUCGUCUGUAGCGUAAUAGAUGUAUUCCGUUUUCUGUCUGUUUUUUUUUGUCUCUAAUUCGGUUGCUUCCGCACUCUUCUGCGUAAACCGGCGCGAGCCCAGUUGGAAAUUUUAGGCAUAUCAGCACACCAAAAACGCAAAACCAAAAACGAGCAAGCUUAAGUUUGAACGAGAGAAACGACACCACCAACAUUAUUAGGCAAACAUUGUUUGUGUUAGAAAAUUCCCCUGAAUCAUGUUCAACUCGAAAAGUGAAAAAAAAAUACACAAAAAACUUUGUUUCGAUGUUUCUGCCAUGCAUGUUUUACGUCAACAAAAACCGAGAUUCAAAUAAACAGAAAUGGUAUUGGGUUUUGA